AUGGAAGAAGAAACGAAAGCCUCCCAUCUAUCUGUCGUUGUCGAUAUAUCCCCUUCAAACUGGGACUUGUCUGCUCGUGGAGCUCCCCACAACACGUACCCAUUGACGCUGGCCUCGUUCUUAUCCCAGCUGCUCGCUUUCUUAAACGCUCACAUUGCUUGCCGAGAUGAGAAUACGCUGGCUGUGUUUGGUGCUUUCCCCAAGAAAAGUGUCAUGUUAUAUGCCUCAACAGAAUCUGCUUCAGAUUGGGUGUCAACAGAUUCAACUGGCAAUGCCUACCCGCCCUUUAAUGCAUUGGACUCGAUGGUCGUGCAAAGAAUAUCAGCAGAGCUCCAACUAAUAGAGAAUUCUAUGGAGGAGGAAGCACCAUCAUCAUUGGUCGGUGCUCUCACUAAGGCUCUAUGUUACGUCAACAGGAUUUCCCUUCCCCCAAACCCAAACUCCAAGGCCCAGGCAAAUGGUUUUCACCCUGGUGUACUUCCAGAUCCCAGAAUUCUCAUACUUUCGGUUUCGCCCGAUCUUUCCACGUCAUAUAUUCCGAUAAUGAACUCGAUAUUCUCAGCACAAAAACUGAAAACGACCAUCGACGUGUGCCAAGUUUAUGGCCACGACAGCGUUUUCUUGCAACAAGCGGCACAUCUCACGGGCGGGUCAUACAUCUUCCUUGAGCGACGGGAUGCGUUACUGCAAUACCUAAUGGCGAGCCUUCUUCGUGCAAUGUCCUUUCUCCCGCCACCCUCCAUCCGAAAAACGCUUUCUGUGCCAACGCAAGAGCAAGUGGAUUUUCGUGCAGCGUGCUUCUGCCAUAAGAAGAUCGUGGAUAUAGGCUUUGUUUGUUCGGUCUGCCUUUCAAUAUAUUGUCAACCGUUGCCUGUUUGCACGACGUGCAGGACGAAAUUCCCCAUGAAAACGUUGACUCGGCUGAACGCUGCUCGACCACUGCUGGGAAAUAAAGGAGGAAGCUCGGGUGCAGUGACUAAUAACGGGAGCGGAGGAAAUAAGGCGACGAACUUGGGGCGGUGA